GCUGGAAACAUGGCAAAACUGUCACCAUUUGUUUUGGUGAUGCUUGUGAUGUGUUGUUGUUGGACUACCAUUAUGGCUGCAAAUGAAAGCCCCAAAUAUAAAGACCCGACACAACCUAUUAAUGUUAGAAUAAACGACUUGCUAAAUCGAAUGGCUUUGGAAGAGAAGGUUGGUCAGAUGACACAAAUUGACCGACAAGUAGCUUCUGCUGAAGUAAUGCAAAAGUACUUCAUAGGGAGUGUACUGAGCGGUGGAGGAAGUGUUCCGGCAAAGGAGGCUUCUCCAAGAACAUGGAUCGAUAUGGUGAAUGAAUUCCAAAGAGGGUCGUUGGCAACCCGAUUAGGCAUACCCAUGGUUUAUGGGAUUGAUGCUGUGCAUGGCAACAAUAACGUCUUUAAGGCCACCAUCUUCCCUCACAAUGUUGGCCUUGGAGUAACAAGGGACCCUGUACUAAUCAAGAAAAUCGGAGCUGCAACUGCUCUUGAAGUUCGAGCAACAGGGAUUAACUAUGCAUUUGCACCCUGCAUUGCGGUUUGUAGAGACCCACGAUGGGGUCGUUGCUUUGAAAGCUAUAGUGAAGAUCCUCACAUUGUGCGUGCAAUGACUGAGAUUAUACCCGGGCUACAAGGAGAUCUUCCUGCUCAUAGUAGACCAGGCGUCCCCUUUGUUGGCGGAAAAGAGAAGGUGUUGGCGUGUGCAAAGCACUUUGUUGGUGAUGGUGGCACAACAAAAGGGAUUAAUGAGAACAACACCGUGAUUAACCCUCAUGGAUUGUUCAGCAUUCAUAUGCCAGCAUACUACGAUUCAGUACGCAAAGGUGUUGGCAGCAUCAUGAUCUCCUACUCAAGCUUGAAUGGAGCAAAAAUGCAUGGAAAUCAUCAACUCAUCACUAAAUUCCUAAAAGACACUCUGAAAUUCAGAGGAUUCGUGAUCUCAGACUGGCAAGGCAUCGAUAAAAUGACAGACCCGCCUCAUGCUAACUACACUUUUUCUAUCUUAAAUAGUGUCGAGGCUGGUCUAGACAUGAUCAUGGUACCGCUUAAUUAUACAGAAUUCAUCGAUGGGCUGACUUAUUUAGUGCAGAAUCAGUUUAUACCCAUGAGUCGAAUCAAUGAUGCAGUUAGGAGGAUCUUGAGGGUGAAAUUUUUGAUGGGUUUGUUUGAAGACCCAAUGGCAGAUGUCACCAUGGCUAAGUACCUUGGAAGUCAGGAGCACCGAGACCUUGCCCGGGAAGCUGUAAGGAAAUCACUAGUCUUGCUGAAAAACGGUAAAACCCCCAACGACCCAUUGCUUCCCCUCCCCAAAAAGUCAACCAAAAUACUCGUCUCUGGGACCCACGCCAACGAUAUCGGUAACCAGUGUGGUGGCUGGACCAUCGAGUGGCAUGGACUAAGCGGAAAUAUCACAGCAGGUACCACGAUUCUAUCCGCUAUAAAGAACACGGUGGACCCUACAACUGAAGUCGUAUUUGAAGAGAACCCAACACCUGAAUUUAUCAAGUCAAACAAUUUCUCAUACGCUAUCGUUGUAACUGGAGAGCUACCCUAUUCCGAGACACAAGGAGAUAGUUUGAACCUGACCAUUCCUGCACCAGGCCCAGACACCAUCACGAACGUUUGUGGCUCGGUGAAGUGCGUUGUGGUGCUCAUUUCGGGCAGGCCACUUGUGAUUGAACCAUAUGUUUCUAGGAUGGAUGCAUUGGUUGCGGCUUGGCUUCCUGGAAGUGAGGGUCAAGGAGUGGCUGAUGUUUUGUAUGGUGACUAUGGUUUUACGGGUAAACUUGCACGUACAUGGUUCAAGACGGUUGAUCAGCUACCCAUGAACAUUGGCGAUUUGCAUUAUGACCCGUUGUACCCGUUUGGAUACGGGCUUUCCACUAAACCCGUCAAGGAAGUUAAUUAGAGUUUAAAUUUGAGGGGCGCUUUAGCAGU